AUGGGCUGCGGUGCUUCUUCGAGACCUUACGUGGACUACAGGAAUGGCAAGCCAAACUUUAAAGGUGACGAGAUUGUGAGGGGGUUUGAUGAGGGCAAUGGCCUUCUUUUCCGCAUUGUGAACAACAAGAAGAGGCGGUGGGCGUACUACAACGACACCACGGAGUACGAGAUGCAUGUAAAAGUGACAUUCAGUGAGGACUGCAACGUCAGGGCACUUGGCAGGACGCAUCUGCAGAAGCUGGAGUCCGGUGAGUAUUUGGCGACCAUCGUUGUGCACCCGUGCGAGACGGAGAUGUUCAUCGAAGGCCGUGUGAACGGCUUUCAAGCGAAGAUGGACGCUGUCCCCACUGACAGGUACAAGCACCGGCGAAGAAGAAGAAAAGGGGGAUGCUGCUCGUAG